AUGCCGGCUGAUUUGAAAAAUGUGUUCAGGUAAGAAAUAAAACAUUUUGUCGUUUUUUAUUUCACGUUGUCCCAAUUGUUUUCUCUAUUUAAAUAAAUACAUUUCUAGAAAAAAAGAAUGAUUUUUUCAGUCAAAUCGAUGCUGAUUACGAAAAUCUCAAAGCACUAUUGAAAGAAGCAGUUGCGAUUCAAAGUGUUUCGGGAGAUCCGAGCAAAAGAGAUGAAACAAUUCGAAUGGUUCAUUGGAUGAAAAAACAUCUCGAAGAAAUUGGUGUAACUUGCAAUUUGGCAGAUUUAGGAACGCAACAACUUGAGGGAAAAACCGUUCAAUUACCACCAGUUCUAUUGGGAACUCUUGGAACUGACAAAACCAAAAAGACACUUUUAGUUUAUGGACAUUUGGAUGUUCAACCAGCUGCGAAAUCAGAUGGUUGGGAUACUGAACCAUUUGAACUUGUAGAGAAAGAUGGAAAAUUAUUUGGACGUGGAUCAUCGGAUGACAAAGGACCAGUUCUUUGCUGGCUUCAUGCGAUCCGUGCAGCACAGAAAAAUAAUAUCGAAUUGCCUGUGAACAUCAAGUUCUGUUUUGAAGCUAUGGAAGAAUCAGGAUCAGUUGGUCUCGAACAACUUUUGAUUCGUGAAAAAGAUGGAUUUUUGGCUGGAACUGAUUUUGUAUGUAUUUCUGAUAGUUAUUGGCUUGGAACCAAAAAACCAUGCCUCACUUAUGGUCUUCGAGGAAUUUGCUCAUUCUUCGUUGAAGUUACCGGAAUCAAACAAGAUCUUCAUUCUGGUGUUUUCGGUGGAGUUGUACACGAACCAUUGCAAGAUUUAAUCUACGUUAUGUCUCAAUUAACAACUGUUGAUAACCGUAUCAAAAUUCCAGGUUUGUAUAUUUUUCGUGGAACUGAUAAGAAGAAAAAAGUCACGUGACAAUCAAUUUUUCCAGGAAUCUAUUCACAAGUCGCCACACUAUCCGCAACCGAAGAGAAAACCUAUGAUGAAAUCGAAUUCGAUGUUGCCGAAUUCCGCGAUAGUGUUGGUGCCAAACAUCUUCCAACCGAAGAUAAGAAAACACUUUUGUUGCGUCGUUGGAGAGAACCAUCAUUGGCGUUCCAUGGAAUCGAAGGGGCUUUCUAUGGACCCGGAGAGAAAACUGUUAUUCCAAGCAAGGUUAUCGGUAAAUUCUCAAUUCGAAUUGUUCCUGAUAUGCAACCAGAAGAUGUCAAUAAAAUAACUAUCGAUUAUUUGAACAAAGUUUGGGCCGAACGUGGAUCACCAAACACUUUCAAGUGAGAAAGAAUGAGUUCUGUUGUUGUUAAAUAAAAAAAUUUGUGAAAUUUUAUUUAGGCCACGACCAGGACACAGUGCUAAACCAUGGGUUGUUGAUGUGAAUGAUGCGAAUUUUCUCGCCGGAGCAAGAGCCAUGAAAAUUGGUAAGAAUAAUAUCAUUUUCUCAAAAAUUCAAUUUAUUUUUCCAGUUCAUGGCGUUGAACCGGAUCGUAUCCGCGAAGGUUGCAGUAUUCCAAUCACCCUAACAUUCCAAGAAUUGACUGGAAAAAGUGUUCUUCUUUUACCAUUAGGAGCUGCAGACGACAUGGCUCAUUCACAAAAUGAGAAAAACAACAAAUGGAAUUAUGUGGAAGGUGUCAAAACCUUAUUGGCGUAUAUUUUAGAACUCGGAAAUGUAUAA